GGUUUUUCUUUUCUUCCAAUUCGAGCAGUUGGGUGGCGUUGCCCGGGGCUUGUAGCCAGAGAUCCACUAGGGCCACAGUGGGAAGGGCUGGCACAAAGUGCCAAGGAGGAAAAAAAAAAGUCCCCUUAUCUUUCCAGGCUUUGGAACCUGCUGUUCUUUUAACUCCAAAACUGGGCUGACAUUUCCCCCCGAAGAAGGCAGUCUGAGUUGGGCCAGCCAGCUGCCAGGAGGUGAGAAAGUUCUUAGAGGCUGAUUCCUUUAUUUUCUGGAUCUUCCCAUGUCGGGGCGGUUUUAAAGCCAAGUACUCAGAGAGCAGAGCCCCUCUGAAAGAUGGGUCCCAACACCACGAUCUCCGACCAGCUCCUUUGGCAGGUGCCCCUCUGUGAACGCUGGAGGCAGGAUUUGGAAGGGGCUCUUUAUCAUCUAGCCAAUUGCUUCCUACUGCUGGGCUUCAUGGCGGGAAGUGGUGUCUAUGGCUGUUUCUAUCUCUUCAGUUUCCUAGCGACUGGCUUCUUGUGCUAUGCACUCUGGGGCUGGUUUUUCGCCUGCGGGCUGGACAUCUUCGUCUGGAGUUUCUUACUGGCCAUGGUCUGCCUGACCCAGCUGGCUCACUUGGUGUAUCAACUGCGGAAGGACAUCUUCCCGGAAGAGUUCGACCACCUGUACAAGACCCUGUACAUGCCCUUACAGGUACCCCGGAAGACGUACAAAGAAAUUAUUCAUUGCUGUGAGGGUCGAGUCUUGGCUUUAGCUACAGAGCAGACGUAUGCUGUGGAAGGGGAGACACCUAUCAACCGCCUUUCCCUGUUGCUUGAAGGCAGGAUUCGUGUAAGCCAGGAUGGGCAGUUUCUGCAUUAUAUCUUCCCCUACCAGUUCAUGGACUCCCCAGAGUGGGAAUCACUGCAACCAUCGGAGGAAGGGAUAUUCCAGGUCACCCUGACCGCCGAGACAGACUGUACUUACAUUUCCUGGCCCCGGAAGACCCUCUACAACCUCUUGGCCAAAGAGCGCUACAUCUCUCGGCUUUUUUCGGCCCUGCUUGGCUACGACAUCUCUGAGAAGCUGUACGCCCUCAACGACAAGCUCUUUGCCAAGUUCGGCCUCCGCUUCGACAUCCGCCUCCCCAGCCUGUAUCACGUCCUGGGUCCUGCCUCCUCUUCCUCAGAGCCCGAAGCUGAGAAGGAGGCCGAGGAGAGCAAGGAACCGGCCCUUCCGCCUCACCCGGUGUCCACCUCUACCAUCCAGAAAGCUCCCCCGGCCCCCGCUCCCUCGGGCGCCGCGCCACCUGCUGCCCCGGCCAGGGCGUCUCGUCUCGGCAGCGAUGGCCUGGCUUCUGGAAGUCCUCUUAGGAGUCAACCUCAUGUUAAAGCCAAAUGCUCAAAGGGACAGGCCCCUUUGGCUCCAACGCAUACCCCUGAACUUUAGGGAUCAACAGUUCUUGUGACAACCAGCCCCACUGUCUACACAAGCUUGUUUUCACAAGGAGGACACCCACGAACUUGACCUCCUGAUUUUUCAUGCACCGGGUUACUCACUGCACUUUGCCUUUGGGACACACAAGACUCCCAUGCCUUUGUGACUUCACAGUGAUCUUGAUGUGCGCCAUUUUGUAUUCUCCCCACUCCUUCCCUCUGGGUCAUUGAAUUAAAAUGCCUAGAAAGUA